CUGACAGGGUCAAACGGGCACGACAUAGAGUCGCCUCAGUUUUUCAAACGGAGUCUCAACGCUAUCAAACGCGCCAGUCGUAAGCACAGCACCAAGCGGAAAGGGUCAACCAAUCGGCAACGGGCACGGCUGAAUCUGACGCGUAAGCACCGCACGAUUGAACGGCAACGGACCGACUUCCACUAUGAGUUAGCCCACCAACUGACAGACGAAUAUGACGAGAUUCGACUCGAGGACUUGAACCUGCAAGGCAUGAAAGCCCUCUGGGGUCGUAAGGUCAGCGAUCUGGGGUUCGCCGAUUUCGUCCUGAAGCUGGUGUAUAUCGCCCAAAAGAAGGGCGUCACAAUCACUUUCAUAGACAAGUGGUAUCCGUCGAGUAAGACCUGUUCGGUCUGUGGUGCUGUGAAUAAAGCGUUGAACAUCCGUGAUAGGACGUGGCAGUGUCCGAACUGCCAUACACAGUUGGAUAGAGAUCGCAACGCAGCGAUCAAUAUCUAUAGGGUUGGGGCAUCAACCCUUGCUGGAGAGGACGUAAGUCCCGGUUCGCCGGGCUAUCCUUGUUGA